AUGAGUCGGACGUUUGAAAUACUUUUUAGGCUUAUCGUUCUUAUCUACGGAAUUCCGUCGAAUGAAUCCACGACAGGGGAAUCUGUGGACGAUUGGACACAGUGUCCGCCACCUAGCAGCCGUUUCAAGGUUUUAAUAAACGUGUCCAUCAAGCAAUGUACUACAGAGUGCGAGACACGUCCGGCAUGUGUCGCCCUCGGAUACUUGCGCCGUCCGAGUGUGUGUGAACUGUACGACAAGCCCGCGGACGGAGGCGGGCCUGGGAGCAGUACCGCGACCUCACAUUGUAUUUUUGUCAACAGGGAAAAUAUAAAGCAACAGGACGGGGACUCGUGCAACUGCCCCACCUGGAGCGUCUGUGACAGGAAGUCGAACACCUGCACGAUUAAAGAAUGUAAGCCACUGAGGAACGUACAAAAUGGCAAGAUUCUCGGGAACCGAUACGACGUCGGCGCGAGACUGCGCGUGAUAUGUGACGCGGGUUACAAAGAGGAUAUGGAUAUAACGACACUAACGUGUGCCGAUUGUGGUCUCUGGUCGCACGUGCCAUCAUGCGUACCGAAGUUCAAGAUACCAGCGGUUGUCACCUCGCCGCAAACAUUACAAGGAUUCUCCACUCUACCUCCAACCACUCCAGCAUCAGCCACGAGUACGACAACGACAACUGCAAACACCCAAACUAUAACCACUCUAGCUCCAACCACUCCAGCAUCAGCCACGAGCACCGCAACGACAACUGCAAACACCCCAACUAUAACCACUCUAGCUUCAACCAGUCCAGCAUCGGUCACAAGUACGACACCGACAACUGCAAACACCCCAACUAUAACCACUCUAGCUCCAACCACUCCAGCAUCAGUCACAAGUACGACACCGACAACUGCAAACACCCCAACUAAAACCAAACCAGAUCCAACCACUCCAGCAUCAGCCACGAGUACGACAACGACAACUGCAAACACCCAAACUAUAACCACUCUAGCUCCAACCACUCCAGCAUCAGCCACGAGCACCGCAACGACAACUGCAAAAACCCAAACUAUAACCACUCUAGCUCCAACCACUCCAGCAUCAGCCACGAGUACGACAACGACAACUCAUCAGCCACGAGUACGACAACGACAACUGCAAACACCCAAAUAA